UGCCCAGGCAACACUAUGAAGGAGAGAAACACUAUGAAUGUAAUGAAUUUGGAAAAUUUAGCAAGAAAUUAAACUUUACCCAACAUCAAAGAAUGUACACAGGAGAAAAACCUGACGAGUGUAAAGACAAUGAGAAAGCCUUGAAGAAGCUAUACCAUACUCAAAAUGAGAGAACUCAUGCAGGAGAGAAAAUCUAUGAUUGUAAGAAGUGUGGGAAAUUCUUUCAUGAAAAAGCAUGCCUUACUCAACAUCAGAGAACCCAUACAACAGGAAAACCCAGCAAAUGUAAUGAUAGUGAAAGAGUCUUAAAGAAGGAAUCUUGCCUCACUCCCAAUCAGAGAAUUAAAACAAGAUUAAAACAAGAGAGAAAAACUGUAAAGGUAAUAAAUGUGAGAAACCUUUCUUUGAGAAGUUGAAACACACUCAACUUCAGAGAAGGCACUUGGGGAAAAAAAAUAAUGGGUGUAAUGAAAGUGGGGGUGCCACAAGUAGGA